CAACAAUACUAAUCAAGCUCAGACAGAAAUCGUCAUUUGCGUAUACAAGCGCUUUCUACCGGUAUAAGUGAUACUACACAUUAGGCGAAACAAUAGUCGGUAAGAAUGUUCUCUCUGAUCUUUCUCUGUGAGCUCAUUAUUAAAAGUUCAUUCCCACCAGGCUUGCAAAAAAGAUCCGUGUAAUGUAGCCUUGAGUGGCUUUUAGAAAGUUGAUGCCUCAGCUAUGACCGUGAGAGGGUCACUCUUGUCGACGCCGUGCUCCUCGUUACAUUCGCUGCAUCCCAAUCAACUUCUCUGCUACCAGGGUAGGAACAACAGGGGCUCCAGUACAGAGCCGUGGAGUACACCACAACUCACUAAUAUCGCCUGUGACCUACUUCACACCAUUAGCAGUGACGACCCUUUCAAUAGGAGCGGAGAAACCUCCGAGAGAACUGCCAACUAUGCCAGUCAUCAUCACUAACUUAUUUGUCCUAUAGGUCCUUGUCAAACAUGGUCAAACCAAAUACAAUCGCUGAGAUGGACACGGAAUUGUUUAUUUCGUCAGUUCGCAAACGACGACCUGUCUGGGACCAGCAAUUGCCUGAACAUCAGAAUCGCUACAUUCUUAUUAGUCUUUGGACAGAUAUAAGUGAAGAAAACAACAUUUCAGUUGAAGAAGCACGAAAGAAGUGGAAGUCCCUGCGUGACUAUUACAGAUCCUCGUUCAGAAGAAGCCAAGAAGCCAAUGACUCAUAUCAAUCAAGUUGGCCUUUCUUUUCGAGCUUGCAUUUUUUAAGAGACCAAUUCAAUGCAGAAACAUCGAGUGGAAACGUCAUGAAUGAACACCACACCAAAAAGAGUAGGGCCAAUUUAUACAGUCUAGAGGAGGUCUAUGUUAAUCCUGACUCGCCAAAUAAUGAUCAUUGUAACGACUACUGCGAUAAACUACCGUCAAAUAAUACAGUAGUGGGAAGUUCCAGAAUGGAAGCUCUUGACUUCACUCAUCAUCCUAGUGAAUUUAGAAAACAGAAAAGACAUGAUCACGAUCAAACUAUAGAAGAGACAAUGCUCAAAGAGAAAAAACAAAAGAAAGAAAAUGAAAUGAGAAGAUAUUAUGAUGAGGAUAUGGCAUUUUUCGAGAGCCUCAAGCCUCAUCUGAAACGUAUAACGGGUGUGAACAAAUUAAUGUUUCGAAAUGAGGUUCAAAAUUUAGUCAUAAAGUUCGGUUACCAUAGGGAGGAGUCAGAUUCCUCAUCAAGUUCAACUGCUGCUUCUUUCAAUGGUUCAGGUGCUCCAAGCUCGCAAAGUGAACGCCCAAAUACAUCACAAAAUGUUGAUGAAGUUGUUAGUGUUGAGACUGUAUUGGGACUGUGUUAGUGAGAUGAGUUGGGUUGAAACUGUUGAGGAGAUUUGGAGUGUAAAUAUCUAUUUCAAUUUAUAGUUUUUCUUCCAAGUUCUUUUUCAUAUUGACCUAGGAUACCACUUCAAUUAUUUCACCUAUUAGAACGUUAUUAUAAUGAAACUAAUUUAUAAACACAACUAAUAAAUAAUGAUCUAGCCCACAUAUAUUUUUCUAUUGUAGUCAUCGCUCUAGUCUAGUUGUCUAAAUGAAUAUAAUCACUCUAUUUAACAAGCAAAUAUAUAUUAUUCAAAACUU